UACAUUCUUUUUUCAUAACUUGUGUGUGUAUAUGUUACAUAGGUACAACAGAUUGUCCUUCUUAGAAUGAGAAUUUAUUAUUUAUUUCCAUUCAUCAAACGACUUUAAUAUAACAAGAAAAUAAUUCUUUGUUAACUAUUUUGUCACAGUGACUACAGCUUCGCAGCAAGGAAGUUUGAUAUCAUGGAAUUUAUCAUACAAAAACAAAGACGACUACUCCUAAUGCUAACUUAUUUUGGAUUUACCUAUGCUGAGAUAUAUCGUAACGGGAAUUCCUUUAAUGCUACAUUCAGCAAAGUGAGCAAUAACAAGCGUUUGCUAAGCGGGCUUAUUUUGUCAGAGAAGUCUCCAACGAUUGGCCAUUGCCUUUACAAAUGUGUAUUAACAAGAACUUGCAAAUCAAUAAACUAUUAUUUCGAAUUAAAUAAUUGUGAGCUGCUCUCUAAUGAAAUUACGGAUGAAGAUGUUACAGUUGAGUCAAGCAAUGGAUGGAUUCACUAUCAAACCGAACCUUCUGCAGAACAGGUAACGCCAACCAUUAAAAGUAUUGUAUCAACCACAAAAGUUACAACAGCUACGUCAAAUUGUGCAGAGCUUUCACCUUGUCCCCAUCACACUUGUCAAGACACUGUUUCGAGCUAUCAAUGCAUCUGUAAAUUUGGAUACACCGGGGAAACAUGCGAAACUCCACCAGCUCCAUCUCUUUCGUCAGCCUGUAAAUCAGUCGGUGAUUGCGCAGUAGUUCCUGGACAAGCAAUUGCGUGCUUGUCAAGUGGAAGAUGUUUAUGUUAUGUGGGUUGGAUUGGAAUCAACAAUGUUUAUGUGCGUUCUACCACCAGCAACUACUCGACAAGUGUGGUGAAGGUAAUUGCAGCAUGGCGUGUUCGACUCAUACCAGACCAAACACUUGUGGAUCGGAAUACGUGUUUCAAAACUUUUGCCAAGACCCUUCACCAGAAGAACAACUUGCUACCGAUGGUUUGUUACCUUCUUCAUAUAAACGACAAUGUGAUCCAGCUUGCUCAAAUACUGGAACAUGUUCUUUUUUCAUCCCGGGAGGGUGCGAAUGUGAGUAUGGUUGGUCUGGUCCAAAUGCUUGCUAUCAUGACAAGCUGGGUACGAACAAAAUUAUCGCUGUUCACUGCAAUGUUGAAUGUGCGUACAGUGCAACUUCACGUAAUAUGGCAUGUAUACAAAUCUAAACUCGUCGUAGCUGUGGCUCCGUGUUUAGUGUUUUCGCAGAGAAUGGAAGGUGAAGAAGAUGUUAUAUUAAUUUUAUUUUCGACUAAUUAUUUAAGUAAUUAUUUAAGAUUUUACUAACACGACAUUUUCACAAGUUAUAAGUAUAAAAAAAAUAUUGUAGCGAUUAGUCACUGACAGAUGUUUGCAUAAAUUUCACAGAAUAUGUAAAAUCGUUAUUAUUUUUUCGAAUGUUGGAAACGUUUGCAA